AUGUUUGAUAACUCUAACUAUCCCUUCAACUGUUUUAACUACGAUGGAGACGGAUACCCAUCAUCCAGCACGGACGAGGAGAAGAAGAUGUGCAGACCCGCUUACAGGUAUGGACCAAUCCGACUUCUGCAAACUAACUACACUGGCUAAACUAACUUAACUAUUUAAGUUACAGUAUUUAAACCACUUCAUCUGUCAUGUUUUACACAUUUUAUAAAUCCUGAAAAACAACAUAAAGAAGUUUUUUAAACUAAAUUUGCUCUCAAAAGUCAAAUCUUAUAUUAAUUAAUUUGGCCUCUGUUUCCUAUCGUGUUGGCUAAAAUGGACAGGGAUUGGUCUGCUAUUAAAGCUCUAUUCAAGUGUUUUAUAAACAAUAAUCUUGUUAUGAAAGCAUAGUUAAUUCUUUAGUGUAGGCUAAGUUAAACUGGGGCUGUUGCAAUAAUUCUUUCUGAGUAGCCCUAGACAUCAUUUUAUCAAGUCUAAUAGAUUUUUUAUUAUUUGAAAAUGCUUUCUAAUGAUCAGUAUUUCUUUAAUAACUUUUAUGAUAAAAAACCAAAACAUUAUGUUCAAUCAAAAAAGUAAGUUUUAUGAUAUUUUUUAAAAUCUGGAUUGUAGUUUUUAAAUAUCUACCAUCAAAAAUAGCACACAAAUUACCGGGCACUAGAGUUCUGGACAUACUGCUCUGCCUAGUUUUAUUUUGUGUGUUGCUGUAAAAGUUUUAAAUAAAAGGUGUUUUAUUUCUACAGCAUCAUCCGUCUAAAUUCAAAUCAAAUAAAAUGUUGAAAUUAUUUAUUUUUUUCCAGUUAAUCAUACCCCUCUGUCUAUAAAGGAAGGAAAACAAUCAGACACACACGUGCGCGCGCACACACACACACACACACACACACACACACACACACACACACACACACACACACACACACACACACACACACACACACACACACACUGUGGUUAUUAGAGAGCUUGAUUCUGCUUAUUUGUCCUCAUUUUAAAAGAAUUUCUGCCCAAACUCACUCAUAAUAUUUGAGUUAUCAGAGCUACAAAUCCUUAAUAAUAAAAUUUAUGUAAUUUCUGUAAUAGCAGAAAUAAUCGUAUCAGGACUCAUGUUAUAUUUUCUUCAAAACACCUUACUGAUGACUGACAGACACUUGCAGCAUCAAACUGUUCACUAAAUCAUCUGUUUCUGUCUGUCAUUGUAUCUUAAGCAUUUAUGGUCAUUUUUAGAUUGCUUUAAAUUGAAGCUUGCGGUCAUAGGCACCGGCCGGCCAGGUUUUAAAAAUACAGCGUAUCAUCUCUCAAUCAGGAGGCUGGCAGUUUGAUCCCAGCUCCUAAAAUCACAUGGCAAAUUGUCCUUAGGCAAAACAUUGAAUCAGUGUGCUCCCAGUGACAUGGCCAGCAGUGAGUAAAUAUGUGUGGAUGGGAUUAGUUCAAACUGUUAUAGCAUCCUCUGCGACAAGUGAUGUGAAAGUGCUUUGGGUGGUCAUAUAGAAAGAAAAAGUGCUUUUUAAAUCUAUUUGUUAUUUACUGUCUGCAACUGACUCCUGUGUGAGCAACGAAAACCACAAGAACUGUUUUGCAUUUUUUAUUAGUUUUCAUAAUGUUUAUUUCACUUCAUUAACUAAGAUAGAGAACCUAUGUGAACAAGGACAGCUCUUUUUUAAUUCAACAACGCACGGCUAUUAAAGGCAUAAGCUUACUCUCAACGGCAACUAAGAUAAUGUGGACAGAGCAACAGUGUUAGUAGCCGUUAUCAUGUCACAGGUUGUACUAUGAUAUAGUUUAGCUCAACGUGUGCUCCUUGAUUUUAUGUGUAUCUGUCUUGUUUUCUGUGUGCGUGUCAGCUACAUAGCUCUGAUAGCCAUGGCGAUCCAGCAGAGUCCUGAUCAGCGGGUCACUCUAUCAGGAAUCUACGAGUUCAUCAUGAGGAGGUUUCCGUAUUACCGCUCUAACCAGAGAGCCUGGCAGAACUCCAUCCGACACAACCUGUCGCUGAACAGCUGCUUCAUCAAGGUGCAACAUCACAAUCCUGUCAAAAUUGUACUUUUCUUCAAUAUUUGUUCAUAGAUGUUUGAUAAUACUCUCCUUUUAUGGAUUGCUUUUAAAGAUUCUUGUAUAUGUUGAAGAUUUCUCAACACUAAAGGUUGUAAUGUGUGUUGCUCCUUAGGUUCCUCGGACAGAGGGCAACGAGAAGGGAAAAGGAAACUUCUGGACUUUUGCCACAGGCUGUGAAUCCAUGCUCGACCUCUUUGAAAACGGAAACUUCCGGCGUCGCAGGCGCAGGAGAAACAUGAAAAUCAGUUUCCGUGAAUCAGGAGAAACACACUUCCACCCUUUGGAGAGCCGAACCAAUCAGCAUGCACCUGCAACUCGGGGCCCAGUACCCGACUCCUCUCUUAGCCCUUUGACCCCUGACAGGCCGAGGCCCGGCCCCCAGCAGGACCAGCUCAGCUUAAACCCCACCCAGCCAGGGAAACCUGAGUCUGAGAUCAAGUUUAGUAUUGACUACAUCCUGUCCACUCCAGAUCCACCACUUACGGGGUUCAGAUCCUCACACAGCACCGUUCACAUGGCAACUACGGGGCCGCCGGUUCACAUUCUGGAGCCCCAACACCUGAACCUUCACUUCUGGACUCUGUGA